AAUAAAUGUUUAGAAGAAUGCAGCAUUUGCGGGGAUGUCGCAGAUGGCUAUCAUUAUGGUGUCUUAUCAUGUCGUGGUUGUAAUGCAUUCUUUCGACGUGCCGUGACCCUUGACAUGCGUUUCCACUGUCGUAGAGGAGGAGUAUGUCAUGUGGACAAAAGUUUGUCUCUUGAUAUCAUAUCAUUUCUUUGUUAG